UUAACAGUUUAUACAUGAAUGCCUUCCAACUCAACUGGCUUUUUGUAACCAAAGGUUACAAAAAGCAGCUUUUAUACGGUAAAAAUAUGAAAUACGUAAAGCAAGUAUGAGCAAAGAAGUAUAUUUUUUCCUCACCAUAGAAGCACAAAAAAAUUUUUUUACUGAGAGCACCAAAUGGGUUAAAUCAAGCUUUGGUGUUUAAAUGCUUCUAAUUCCUUUGCAAAGCAGAACAGCCCUUAGAAUACUAAAAUAGAACAUCUCACAUUAAAAAUCCCCCAGAGAAUCAUAAGUUACAGUGUCAAGGAAAAGUGAAAACAAUUUGAAAAAACCCUCAAUCAUUCAUUUAAUCAUCAUACAAUUUUUAUACUAUUCACCUAUCAUCGUGCUUGUGCUGAAUAUGUAUCAUUUAUCAAAUAGGCGGAAGAGUCUGUGAAGGUUUCUGGCUGCCUUUGGGUUUAGUCAAAAUGAAUGCAAACAAUCACGUGGGAUUCAGCCAAGCAGUGACGUUAAAUUCUGCUCUGUCAGAAGACAGCAUCUGUCAAAGCCCACAUUUAAACUGCUGCCUGCCUGUGCAGCAGCCGAAGGACUCCGGGAAUGGAUUUAACAGACCAGAAUUCUCGGUUAAAACAGCUCGAAACCAUUUCUACUACUGCCUAGCAACAAUGAAGGAGGGAAGAGAGACAAAUCCUAUUACUAAAGGCAACUGAACCACUACGUGCUAGCACUCACUGCUAACAUUACCGUUAGAAAUAUGGAUACUGGGAAGAGGAGAACACAGCACUGCAUUGUCCGACAAGGGAAACACCAGAUGUAAAAGCUCCAAUCUAUCGGCUGGGAACGCCAGACAGCCCCGACCGCCGAGCACGAACAAGAACUACUGUCCUUUUGUUUGAAGGAUGAACAAAAAGCCCCAAGACAAGGACAACACUUAUGAGCAAGGAAGGUAACACAGCAACGAGCCGACAGAUGGACAGAUUGGAUACUGUGAAAAGCAAUCGCAGGAAGCAGACUGUUGGGGGAUGUGCGCAUGUUCGAUAGCAUCUUUUUUGCUGAAGUGAUGGCGUGCCAAAACUAUUUUCUGUGGGUAUAAUCCUCGCACCAUAAAUGGCCUGACCAGGGAAGAGAGAGCCAUUUGCAGAGAAUUACUCGACAUGAACAGAAGGAAAUGAAUACCAAAGAAUAGCAGUGGUUUUGGAAAGGAAGCAAACAGCACUUUGCUUGGCCAUUGUCUCACACCCCAUUGUUGGAUUCUUACAACAUGCUUCAGUGGAGAAGACGACACUGCUGCCUUGCAAAGAUGACCUGGAAUACCAAAAGGUCUCUAUUUCGCACCCAUCUUAUUGGCCUGAUCUCCCUCGUGUUCCUUUUUGCUGUGUUUCUCUUUUUCAACCAUCACGACUGGCUGCCAGGCAGGGCGGGCUUUAGAGAAAAUCCCAUGACUUACACAAUCCGAGGAUUUAGAUCUACAAAAAGCGAGAUGAACCACAGCUCUCUACGGAACAUGUGGAAAGACGCUGUACCUCAGACCCUCAGGCCUCAAACAGUCACCAACCCCAACAACACUGACCUGUCGCCGCAAGGAGUAACUGGCUUGGAAAACACCCUCAGCGCUAACGGAAGUAUUUACAAUGAGAAAGGCACUGGGCAUCCAACCUCAUAUCACUUCAAAUACAUCAUCAACGAGCCUGAAAAAUGCCAGGAGAAGGUCCCUUUCCUGAUUUUGCUCAUAGCUGCAGAGCCUGGCCAAGUGGAAGCCAGACAGGCCAUUCGACAAACCUGGGGUAAUGAAAGCCUGACGCCUGGCAUUCAAAUUGUUCGCAUCUUCUUGCUGGGGCUAAGUACCAAGACAAGCGGGUACCUCCAGCGUACCAUACAGGAGGAAAGCAGACAGUACCAUGACAUCAUCCAACAAGAGUAUUUGGAUACCUAUUAUAAUUUAACCAUUAAAACUCUGAUGGGAAUGAACUGGGUUGCAUCCCAUUGUCCAAGCGUUCCCUACGUCAUGAAAACUGACAGUGAUAUGUUUGUCAAUACAGAGUACUUAAUACACAAGCUUCUGAAGCCAGAGCUUCCUCCGAGGCACAGAUAUUUUACAGGAUAUUUAAUGAGAGGUUACGCGCCUAACAGGAACAAGGACAGCAAGUGGUAUAUGCCACCUGAUUUGUAUCCAAGCGAACGUUACCCUGUAUUCUGCUCUGGAACCGGUUACGUUUUUUCUGGAGAUUUAGCAGAAAAAAUCUUUAAAGUCUCCUUAGGCAUCAGACGUUUACACUUAGAGGAUGUAUAUGUGGGGAUCUGCCUUGCCAAGCUGCGAAUUGACCCCAUGCCUCCACCCAACGAAUUUGUCUUCAAUCACUGGCGAGUUUCUUACUCCAGCUGUAAAUAUAGCCACCUAAUUACCUCCCAUCAGUUCCAACCUAGUGAACUGAUCAAAUACUGGAACCACUUACAACAGAAUAAGCACAAUGCCUGUGCCAAUGCAGCAAAAGAGAAAGCAAGCAGGUAUCGCCAUCGUAAACUGCACUAGAAGGACAACAUUCCCUCUGUCAAAUGUAUUCCAUGUGCAAUUUGUAAAUAUUGCUGAACGCAUGUACAGUGAAAAUGGAUGAGCUUAAUGGGACAGCCUUUAGUUGAUGCCCAUCACAUAGUGGAGUCUGAAAAUUAUUUUUUUAAUUUGAAAAAAGUAUAGUUCUUGAUAACACUAAUAUUAUAAAACCAUAACCAAAAGGUUUUUCCCAGCAAAUUUGAGGAAAAAAAACAAUGGAGAUAUAGUGAUUUUCUGUGUUAAUGUGCAAUAAUAAGCAUGCACACUCCAGUGGUACAAUUGCAGACUUAUGUGCCAAUAAAAUCUAAUUGAGCAUAUUUUCCACACAAAUUUUAUUUUUAAGACAAUGCAUUCAUAGCUCUUGCUCUUUUAAGUGUAACAAUUUCUUGUCUAGGAUUGCUAUAAGUAAAACAAAAAAACAAGAAGCAAAGGAAAUGCACAAAGGGGAGAUGAAUCUUACCUUCAAAUACCACAUGAAAAUUACCACAAAUUUCUUAGAAAUGCAGUACACUUAGCAGCAACAUGUUUAAAAUUAAGACACCAUUAAACAAACUCUAAAACAAUGCAGAAGUACUUUGCUCAAGUAAGUCCACUUUUAGCAAGGUUGCUUUUUGGCUAGGGAAAAAGAAUAAAUGAAAACAAAGCUCAGAAAAACCACUACUUUGCACAUCUCCUACUGAAACUCACAGCAGGUGUUCUCAAUUCAGGUCUAGUUUCUCUUCCAAGUUAUUCUCUACAAGUUAUAGGGUGAGCCACUGAAUCCAGGUGCCAAGCAGCACUGGCACCUACAUGCAGAUUCAUUCAAUCUGCUGUUUAUUUUCUUACAUAACUUCAAGACAGCUCCAAAGGCUAAAAAGAAAAGCAAAAGCCUUUCACCAUAGUCUCAAAAAUGUAUUCGUACAAAGAGGGAGAAAACCAACUCAAUCUUGAUUUGUUUUACUACUUACUGCCUAUCAGAAAAAGAAUCAGUUAAGCUAAAAUAGGACUGCAAGAGUAAAUUAAGCCAAACUUUACCUUACAGAAAGAAAGGACAGUCAUUAGACUGACAUUUCCAGAUAGAAUUAUGGGCAAAAACAAAAUGGAAGAAAAAUUAAAAAUUAAAACUACAACAUCUGUCACUGAAAACAAGAUGGGAGAGGCAGGUUAAAUCUACCUGCAGGUAGGCUAAAUCUACUUGCAGGCUUUUGCAUUUUUUAAACAAGCAGAACUUUCAAAGUUUCUUUUCCAGUGAAGCAGUGUUGCAUUGGAAUCAGGUUAUUGCUACUUGUCACAGUAAGCAACACUCACCUGUGAUUUAGCAGCAGAGGAUGGAACUGUGAUUAGUUUUGUUUGACCGGUACUUUUUAAUUGGAUAAAACACAAUUAUUUGAUGUACUUUUAUUAUUUAAUAAAACUGAUUAUAUUUAUGGCCCUUCAGACUUCACUUAUUAAUGGUAAAGCUACUCAUUAGGAGGAAAUAAUUUGCUAGCAUGACCUGACUUUUCCUCAUUUCCCCUAAUUCUUAGGGGAAUUUUCAUUCCACGUAAAGAUACAGAGAUUCCAAAAGGUGUUUGUUUUCCUUUGUAAUGAAAAGAUGAAUGGUAUAACUGAGCACUCAGCAACACUAUGAGUGUCUAUUUCCAGGACCUCACACAUUUAAGCAGACGGUGUCACACUGAACUAGCACUCCCACAAAAUGCCAAGAAGUCCUAUUGAAGAUGGCUAUUGGAAUUUGCUCUUCAUCUUUUUUUUUUUUUUUUUUUUUUUUUUUUUUUUUGCAUGGACCUCCAAUAAACCAUCACUCACUGUAUUUAAGGUAUGAUAAUCAUGUGUUUGUGCAUUUCCUACAUACCUCAAAUAAUAGAGGGCACUUCUGUGAAAAGCAAGAGUGUUUAAUAGUAAAUAUCUGCACAAAGGUCUUCUCAAACUAACCAGACUGAAAGUGCACUGACUUAGUUUCAUUGAAAGUUAGUGGCAUUAAUGUGACACAGCUGCAACAGAAAAUGUCUUUGGGAGUAUUCUUUGAACACUCAUUUGUAGUUCUCCUCACACUCUGAGCUAACACAAGCCACAGCUAAUACACCAGCUGAAAGCUGCCUGGCUUAUGUUAACUAUACCCUUAUUAACUAUUACUAUGCUAUAGGAGCUUAGAACAAUCACAAGCAAUUGUUAGACGACUAGAGAAAGCCACGUACCACCCAGGAGCAUUUGGCUGUAGAAGACAUACAGUCACACAAGCAGCCUCUCCUUGAGUCACGCUGGCCAAGGACACAGUCCUCCCUCCUGGAGGUGGCUUCAACACCAUUCCCUGCCUUCAGCACUUUCAAGCUAGAAUGUAAUAUAAUGUACUCUACUUGGACUUUCCCGACUCUGGCUAGUUCAAAAUGCUGCUACUGGCUUCUGGACAUUGUCCAAGAGGUUAAUAACUAAACCUUAAAUAGUUUGGCACUUUAAUUACGAAGUUUGGCAGCCAAACAACCUCUCGGGUACUCCACUUUGGAGCUCAUACACGGUACCAAUCUGCCCGAGUUUGGCAGAAUUAUGCUACAAUACCUACGAGUUCAGCACACUGAACUUCUUUCUAGUUAAAAUAUAAGAUGAUGCAAGAAAAAGAAAAAAAAGCCAUUUGUAAUGUUCUUUUAACAGCCUGACAAUUUUUAGAAAUUUGAAUUAGUACUUGAGUAUAAUUUGAAAAUAAUCUAUAAACAUAACAUACUCAAACCAUUAUCUAAACAGUCAACAGCUACUUAAAUCUUUUGUGUCCAAGUAUUGUUUUCUUGCAGUCUGUUAUGAGGCUUUCAGAAAUGGGAGGGAGAGCUUGUAUGGUGAAAUAUGCAAUUACAGAAUGAAAGAUCUCUUUGCAUUCUUUGUGUUGUUACCACUCUGUAGCUUGAGUUGAAGCUAUUUACCCAAUGUAGAAGAGCACAAAAACAGCUGAUGUUAAAAAACAGUGCAAUUACUAAUGUCAUUAAAACCUUUCACAAGUUUUCACACAUCCUAUCCAACAUAAAGCAGGACUAAAAAUGCAUUGUUAGUAGGAUACAAGUUUCUGAGUUUAAUGUAUCUGCAAUGCAGUAAAAAACAAAAAACACUAGUCUGCUUACCAAGAUUUGUGUAAUUUUCUCUUUAAAUGUCUCUGUAUGUUUGUUUCAGUUUGAGAAGAAAUACAAAAACAUCUAACAUGACUCUAAAUUUAUUAAAGAAAAUAAUCAUCAGCAGCACCGUCAUCACACCAAAGAAAUACUUUGGUAAAACGAAGCAAGAGAACCAAGUGAAAUGAGUUUAGUAAUCUUUCUUCAUUUAACUUUCAACUAAGAAUUUAAGCAUUCAAAUUAGACAACCAAAAUAAAGUUCCACGAGUAUCUUCCACCAACAACAGGUUUGUUGGUCUCCAAUUGUAUUAGUAAACAGAAUUAUCUGCAGAUCAUUCCACAUGGCAUUUGAGCAUGGAAAUGGCACAAGUACAGCUGCCGGAGUAAGAAAGCUGAUCCUAUCCCCAGCCAUGAUCCAUUUCUCACAGGUGAGGUUCAUGAUCAAUUCUAUGUGGAAAAAAACUACACAUAAAGGUAUUCCAAGCCUCAGUGGUUCCUUUGAGGAAAUAAGAUUAGUGUCCAUUAAGAUAUUUAUGUAAAUAUUAUGAAUUAUUUCUCUGCUCUAGAAUUUAAAAUUAUAUCGCGGCAGUGAUCUAGGAAAAUAAGACAGACUGGUUGUCAGGUCAAGCAGACUAAAACAGUGAUUUAAAAACUCGCUCUCUCCGCAAUGCAGUCAAUGUGUUUUAGACCAUCUUUACAAAUUUAACAACAUAUUAUCAGAUAUUAACGACUCAAAAUCAAUGCGAGAUCAGGUGUGAUUUGAGCAUGGGGAAAGAAUCUAGAAGCCAUUGCUGUAGACAGCCCCAACACCAUCCCUGCUCAUUGUCCCAGUACGCUACUGAAAUACCCCAUCACACUUAGAUCUCAAAUACCUACAUUGUCCCACACUGCAAAAAACAAACAAACAAAACAAAACAAAAAAAAACAACAACAAAACCAAACCAAAAACAACACAACAACAAAACUCCUACAACCUUAUCCGUAGAAUGAAUGCCCAUUGCCAUUUGUGAAAACUUUCCAGGAGGAGAUGAAAGAGAGAUGACGCUAACAUAAAAGUUACUACUUUUUACAUUCAAGCUAUUAGCAAGCUUUGUAACUGCUUUGCUAAAGCAUCGACAGUUGUAUCUUUUUUUUCCAUUUUGAGAACACAUUUUUCAGUCCUUACUUCAUGCUGUCAGAUAACACAAGUAACCAUUGGACAAUUUAUUUACACUAUGGUAACUACAGCUAUGGAAUUUUAAAAGCAUUAUCUUCAUUUUUCAUUUCUGAUUUUUUUUCUUAGAAAGAAAUGUGGGAUUUUAGGUAGAGCAGAGUUUUACCCUUCCUGACCCCAAUAAUUUCAGACUGGGGAUCAUCCCUAUCAUACAUGGCAUUUGCUGUAUUACUACAGAUGGAAUCUCUAGCCCAUUCGUUCCAGAAUCCCAUGUCCAGCUCUGCUAUGCAGGCCACUCAGAAGGAGAGCACAGGGAGAGGAGAGAGGCAUGGAGCUGCACUGCCAGCCAGGCAGUGCUGUACUUGUAAAUGUAGGUCAGGAAGCAGAGAACAAGCUCUUUGCUUCGUACCCAAGGCAAGAAUGAAUUUAAAGGCUUUCUAUGGCAGGAGGAUGGGGGAGGGCUGCGGAGAGCAACCUUGCAGUAGGUCAGUUAAAAAAG